AUGGCUGAGCUUGAACUAUCCUUCAUUCCAGCGCUCUACAAGCCAUCUUCACUUCUGCCGAUAGCUAGACACAGGGAAAGCCUUCUCUAUGCUGUCGAGCAGUUUCCGGUGUUAAUUGUCAUCGGGCAGACUGGAAGUGGAAAGACUACACAAUUGCCACAGUUCUUGGAGGAGGCAGGUUGGUCCGGUAAUGGUAAGGUCAUAGGGGUCACACAGCCACGACGGGUGGCCGCUGUGACGGUAGCUACCAGGGUUGCAGAAGAAAUGCGCUGCGAUGUAGGAGAAGAGGUUGGCUACUCUAUCCGAUUUGAAGAUAAAACCUCAGCAAAAACCCGGAUCAAAUUUCUCACUGACGGCUUACUACUUCGCGAAGCGCUUAUGGAUCCGCUCUUGUCUCGCUAUUCUGUCAUUAUGGUUGAUGAAGCUCAUGAACGCUCGUUAAGCACAGAUGUCCUUCUGGGAGUACUGAAGAAGAUCAAGAAGAAGCGGCCGGACCUACGCAUCAUUGUCAGUAGUGCUACAUUGCAGGCUAAAGAAAUGGCCUCAUUCUUUGCCAACGAAGGAGAUACGGACAGCCAGUGCAGAAUCAUCAGCAUUGAGGGUCGAGCCUUUCCGGUAGAUAUACUCUACCUCGAAAGGCCAGCGGAAGACUAUGUUGAGAAAGCAGUACAAGUUGCAUUUGAUGUGCACAAGAACGAAGCGAAUGGCGACAUACUUGUAUUCCUUAGUGGUAGGGAAGAAAUCGAGACCGCAAUUCAGCUGCUCUCAGAGCAAGCAGCUGGGAUCCAUCCUAAAGCACAGGCUCUGCUGCCCGUCCCCUUGUAUGCAGGUCUGACCACGGACGAACAGAUGUACGUGUUCGAGCCAGCACCAGACAAUACCCGCAAAAUCGUCUUUUCCACGAACAUAGCUGAGGCAUCUGUGACAAUCGACGGCAUCACCUAUGUAAUUGACGCAGGAUUUGCGAAAUUACGAGCCUACAACCCGCAGACGGGCAUCGAUACUCUUACCGCCGUCCCAGUUUCAAAGGCUUCUGCAACACAGCGCGCUGGUCGCGCUGGUCGUACGAAGCCCGGUAAAUGCUAUCGAUUGUACACUGAAGCAGCUUUCAGCCGCCUUCCCGAGUCUACAGUACCUGAGAUCCAGCGCUCAGAUCUUGCACCAAUUGUUCUCCAGCUCAAAGCUCUUGGGAUUGAUAACAUCGUUCGAUUCAAUUUCAUAACUUCGCCUCCUUCUCGCUUGGUCAUGCGUGCCUUGGAACUUCUGUACUCGCUCGGAGCUGUUGAUGAUUAUGCAAAGUUGACAAAACCACUAGGAACACGGAUGGCAGAGCUAUCUCUGGAGCCAAUGAUGGCCAAAGUGUUACUGAGCGCACCCGGCUUUGGUUGUCUCAGCGAGAUAUUGAGUAUUGCAGCAAUGACUAGCCUCCAAGGCUCGGUUUGGUUCCACCACGACGGUGGAAGAAAAGCGAUGCCUGCCUCGCGACACAAGUUCGCAGUUGAUGAGGGUGAUCAUCUGACAUUGCUUAACGUGUAUCAAGCUUUUCUGACCAGGGGCCGGAAAGACUCGAAAUGGUGCCGGGAUAAUCAUCUAAAUCAUAAGUCAAUGCUUCGAGCCGUGUCGAUUCGAACGCAGUUGAAACGGUAUCUGGAACGGUUCGGCCUGAGCGUUGACGAAUCUCUUAACUCAAACGGCAUGCAGAGCAAGCAAGGCGGGGCAGAGAAGGCGAAGCAAAUUGGAAAGUGUUUGACAGCAGGUUAUUUUGCGCAUGCGGCUAGAAUGCAGCCAGACGGUACCUUUAAAAGUGUCAGCGGUGGGCUGACGAUGCAUGCGCACCCAACCAGUUUGAUGUUUAAUCGCAAGGCAGACUUUGUGAUCUUCCAUGAGAUCUUGGAAACGUCGAACAAGAUCUUCAUACGAGAUAUCACAAAGAUAGAGAGGUCCUGGUUGCUUGAAUAUGCGCCAGAGUAUUAUAAAGUCAAAUCUUGA